UACUAUCUAUAGUAAAAUAUACAUUAUUUCUGUCUCGCUUUUAUGUAUUAUCUUCAGAUAAUAUGUAUUCGCAUUUCGUAUUUUCCUUCACAAACAUGCACGCAGACAGAUAUAAAUACUUGUGAAACUUGUUGCUUCAAUCUGGUAAUUCCGAAGUGAUUCAAGAUCAUUAAUCGUUAUUAAAAAGCUAAAAAAGUUCUUGCUUUUCUCUGCAAUUUUCUUUAGUACUAUGAAAAAUACAAUAAUUACAAUAAUUUUAAUAACUAAAUAUAGUUUGAUAAAGUAUGGAUAUGCACAAUGUGGAAUAGACAAAUUCAAGUGUAAAGAUGGACAAUGUAUAGCAAGUGAAUUAUUAUGUGAUGGACAGGCAAACUGUAAAGAUGAAUCUGAUGAAACAUAUACAGAAUGUAAUAAGCCUGAAAUGGCUACAUGUCCAGAUUAUACAUUUCGUUGUUCAUAUGGUGCAUGUAUAGAUGGAGAUGCAAUUUGCAAUGGAAUAAAAAACUGUAUUGACAAUAGUGAUGAAACAUUACCUAAUUGUAUAAAUAGUUCACUCAAUGCAUCUACAUCAUGUGCAAAAAAUCAAUUUAAAUGUAAUAAUCGACAAUGUAUUGCUGAAAGUAAUUUAUGUGAUGGCAUAGCAGAUUGUACAGAUAAUUCAGAUGAAACAAUUAUUCAAUGCGGUUCAAUCAACUGUCCUAAAUUUUUUUUUCGUUGUGAUUAUGGUGCCUGCAUUGAUGGUGAUUUAAAGUGCAAUGGAAUUAAAAAUUGUGCAGAUGGUUCAGAUGAAUAUCCUAGACAAUGCAAAGAAAUAGAAACAACUACUGGAUUAAUUUCUAUUACUUCAACAACUUCCCAAUCUCCUGUCAUAAUUAAAUCUAAAUCUUGUCUUGUACCAUCACAACCAACAAAUGGUUAUUGGAAAUUACAUAAGUCACAAUGUUGUACUGAACAAGAUCAAUGUGAGAAUUGUGAUAUUGAACAGGGUACAUGGUUAGAAUCAGGUGCAUAUUUAGUAUAUACAUGCAAUUCUGGUUAUAAAUUAAACAAUUCUGGUAAUGCAUUUUGUAGUCACGGUGAAUGGUUAACUAUUCCUGCUUGUAUAGAAGUACGUUGUGCAAAAUUGCAAUCACCUUCUAUAUUUGCUGAUUGUAAAUAUAAUAGUAGAUCAGUGUCAUGUUUUAAUUCUGUUUUACCUCAAACAAUAGCACGAUUAAAAUGUUCUCCUGGUUAUCGUGAAGAUACAAGACUAACAUCAUCUUCAUGGAUUAGAUGUAAUAAUAAUGGUCAAUGGGAACCAGAACCAAUACAAUGUAUUCCAGGUCCGCUAACAAUAAUUAUUUAUAGUAAUGACUCUUCUGUCUUACUGCAAACUGAUGUAACAAAAAAUAAUUCUACAUUUAUAGAAAUUCUUAAUGAUAAAAUUGUUAUUCAUAUGUAUAAAAACAAAACUACUGAUCCAGAUAUCGAUAUUAGAUUUGAUAUACAAAAUAAAAAAUAAAAAAAUAUAAAAGUAAAUCAUUAAAUACUUUUUGCGGUUUCAAUAUUA